AUGCGCCCAAUUCUCAGCCGCGGUUUUGCCGGCAACCUGCUCUACAUUGGUCUCAAUGGCAACGUUAAGCGGGCUGACAUCAACGGCGAGACUCUAUCCAAGCGGCAGUCCUGGCCGGGUGUUCCUGACUACAACAUCCAAAUGUGCCACGAUGCCAACAUUGGCAGAACCGUGACUGUUACUCAGACUUCUACUUCUUCCAUGAGAAUUGAGAACGUUGCCCCCGAGUGCAUGAACCUCGCUACCCUCUUCACUGAGCAGGGGACCCCCAUCCCAUGUGGCUCUGCUUGCCUCGAGUAUGUCAACUUGAGUGCUGAAGACAACCAGAAGCUCAUUGACAUUAUCAACAAUCUCCUCUAA